GGCAUUUUUUUUUCAAGCGAAACUCGAUAAGUCGAUGAUAGGAAGGAAACAUGGAAGGCCCUGUGGAAGGACGGAGUGUAGUGGUCAACAGCGCCGCUGGCCACCUGUGCGUUGUGGAUGACAUUUGCAGCUCCUGGCACAUCAGCAAUUUGAAGGAAGCCAUCCACAAAGUCACAGGGAUCAACCCAGUUGAACAGCGACUGAUUUAUGACCUCCGAGAGUUGCCUGAUGUUGAGCUGCUGGAUGAUUUGCUGAACAUCGAACGUCCAGAGGUGACUCUGGUGAGACGUACUCAGCAACAAGUUCUAUGGCUUCGCUUGGCUGUGGAGGAUUGGAGCGAAUUAUUGAACCAAUCCGCUGAGGUCUGGGAUGACAAAUCGACAGUUUUUGCUGCAGUGUCUUCCUGCGGGUGGGCCUUGCAGUAUGCCUCUGAGCCUCUCAGGAACGAUAAGGCCAUAGCUUUGGCGGCAGUGCGGCAAAAUGGCCUUGCCUUGCAGUUCGCCUCUUCAGAUCUUCGUGGUGAUUCUGAUCUAACACUAGAGGCAGUCGCCCAGUGUGGCAGAGCUUUUAAAUUCUGCAGCACGAAAUUACAGCGCGACCGCGGCUUUGUUCUGCAAGCUGUGAAAGCCAAUGGCCAUGUCCUAAAGUACGUGGACGAGGAAUUGCAGGACUCGGAGGUGAUGAGCGCAGCCAUCGAUCAGUGCGGGAGCAUCUUGAGUAGCAUCGUAGGCACCACCUUUGAGCAAUCGUCUCGGCGGAGCCGAAUCAAGCAUGUUCUCCAAGACAAGGGCGUACUUGGUGCUGACGGCAACAAUGCCUCUCUAGAGAUUCCAAGCCUGGACGAAUGUGGCUCAACCUGUUUCUUUGGUUUGUGCCAGUCAACUCGGCAUGUGACCCUGGCAAAACAGCUCGGCAAGGAUGCCACACAGUUGUGUGAGAUGGGCAACUUGGGUCUACCAGUGCCACCAGGGUUUUGCCUUACAGAUUCUUCAUGGCCCAGUGUUAAAAUGGCAAUGUCCCACGUGGAGACUUUUCUCCAGAAAGGCUUUGGCAGCUUGGACAAGCCACUCUUGAUGUCACUCCGGGGCAGCUCCCAAGAAGUCAUCGGUUUGGGCUUGACCGAUGAGAUCGCCGAGAGGAUGGCGCUGCAGGAGAACGCGAAUUGCGUGUGGGACUCCUACCGGCGCUUGCUGGCAUCCUAUGCUCAGGUAGUUUGCGAAGUGGAUCCGAAGCCCUUCGAUGAGGAGCUGCAGAAGUUGAAGCAACAGCUGAGCGCCAGAGAUUGGCUCGGUGGACAGAUUGAAGACUGGCAGUUGCCAACAUCAGAGCUUCGGAGCCUCGUGGAGACUUACAAGGACAUUUUGGAAGAGAAGUUGGGUGAGCCCUUCCCUCAAAAUCCGGAAGUUCAGCUGCAGAGAACCUUGGAAGCUCUGGCGAAAAACAGCCAAGGCUGUGCCAUUAUUGCCAAAAGCAUGAUCUUUGGGAACUACGACUUUGAUUCAGGUGCUGGUGUCCUGAACUUGCGCGAGACAGGACUUAGUGGCACUUGGCUUCCAAAGGCUCAGACGGAGGAUCUUGGGCGACGAACAGGGCGAAGGCUCUCAAAGGAGGCUUCCCAAGAAUGGGCUCAGGCACACAACAUCUCUGACAAUGUGCGGCAAUCUGACUUCCUUUCGCUGGAGGAGAAGUUCCUUCCCGUAUGCGCAGGAUUGGCGCAUUGUAAGGAUAUGUUGUCCAGGGCGCAGCACGUAGAAAUUGAUGCAGUGCAUUUUGCAGUUCAGCAGGGCCGUUUGUGGUUGCUUGGCCCGGCGCCUACGACGCCGGCGACAGCGGCCAUGACUGCCACUACGGAUACUACACCCUCCAGCUUCAGUGAGUGUCACAGCCUCGCAUCGGAGGAUCUCAGCAUGCAUGCAGAUGAAGAGGACCUGGUAGAGGUGAUUUCCAAGGCUUCCGAGCCCAUGACAGAGGAGACUGAAGCACCAACGACUCCAAGGGUCUUUGUUCAGAAUGUGCAGCCCCGCUCCUCCAAACGCGGCCCAUGCCGGCCUCAUGGAGUUUUGCGAUUGCCAUGGUUUCGGAGAUUUCGAAGACUUUCAGAGAGAAGUCGAUCUCAAUCAUCGACGGAGUGUGCAGAGAAAGCCCAGACCCUCCAGACUCAGCAGACUCAGUGGGCGCAAGGUUUGGCCAUGCCUUUGUGGCAGACCAUGUUGGCUGGUGGCCUUGCAUGUGUGUUCCAUCGUGCCGUGGCUGGCAGCAUCGAGGAUAUGAUGAGAGGUCGGCAGGCGUCAGUGGCACAGAACAUUUUGAAGUUCUCCAAGGGCGGUUUUCCAUUCGGUGCUUUGUGUUGCAGCUUCUACGUCAAUUUCCUUCACUUUUCUGCACCUUCUGCCAGCGACACGCUUGGGCCUUUUGAACGCUUUAGCUGCGCAUCCGCAGCAGUGACGCUGGCAAGCAUUGCGACUUAUCCAUUGAAUGCUCAGCACAGCAUCAGAGGUUCCGCUCUGUACAAGCACGGCAUGAAGGCCUUGGCCUCCACCAAUCCUGUUGCAGCAGUCGAAUUGUGCAGUAUUGACAUGGCGCGCCAUCUGGGAAAUAGCUAUGGCUAUUCCUCAGGGUUUGGGCUCCUAUUUGCUUCAGGUUGCGCAGCAGGAUGCGUCGCCCAAUCUGUGGUGCAUGCGCACAAUGCCCUCACCCAGUCACAAAGGUCAUGCGAAACUCGGACUCGCAAAGAGAAAUUCCAGGCCUUCUGCAGGGCAGCUGGGCCGUCCUUCCUGAAACACGCUCCAGCUGUUGGAGUGAACUCCUUGGUUCGCGUGGGGCUAGUGACCCAUUUCAUGAACCAGCAGACAGACAUUUGAUUGAACACCGGAGUGCAAUGUUGAAAG